UUGAGUUUUAUGCAGAGAUGAUUUACAAACAAAAAUGAGAUGAAAGUGGUCUGGAUUGUUUUAUUCGCUUUAGCGAUUGCCUUCCUUGGCAAAGGGAGUUCUUUACCAUUACAAUUACUCAAGGAGGGGCACAUUUCUCCUUCACUACCUUUAGAGUCUAUCAAGCACAGAAAUAAUCGGGUUGUAGGUGAUUUGGGUGAGCUAUCCGAUAGCACUCAUCGCGAUCCUGAAGAACCAACUGGAGGGCCUGUAUACGGGGCUGAUUUUGGUGAGUGGGCCUCUAGUGCGCCUAAAGAACGAGGGUUAAGAUCAUCUUCCAUUACUCCAACUAAAGAGCCUGAUACGCAAUCAGACAACAAAGAAUGGAGAUCUGGAGAUUUUGAAGGUAUUGAACCUGAUUCGAGAAGAGACCCAGAUGCAAUUCAAGAUGUGGAUCUUGAAGCAGAAGCAGAUUAUACGCAUUGGAGCUCUGGAGAGGGGGGCUUUGAUGCAGCUCAAAAUAUUGAGCCAAAAGCAGAAGAAGAUGACAGAGAGUGGAGCUCUGGAGAUAUUGAAGAUACGGAACUUCAUCCUGGAUGGAGCUCUGUCGCAACUCAGGGUAUGGAGCCUGAAGCAGAAACAGAUGACAGAGAAUGGAGCUCUGGAAAUCCCAAAGACGCGGAACUUGGUUAUGACACAGAGAUUGAUGAAUGGGAUUCUGAAAAUUCUGAAGAUAUUAAACCUGAAUCAACAACUGAAGAGCAAAAAUGGAGCUUGAGUACAGCUCAAGAUAUCAGAGAAGCGGAACUGAAAAACCAAGCAGAUUUACAAAGAUCAGCGAGAUCUGAUUUUCCAUCAGUUGAUGAUCCUGUAGUAAAGUAUGCCAACGUGUCUGAUGGCAAGAAGCUUUUUGACCCAAAGCAGUUUUUCUCGAAUGGUCUAAAGAGAAAAAUACCACUAAGUCCAUCUGGAGACGGAGAUGCCAUAUUUAUUAUACAGUUCCCAUCCAAAGGAAAACCACCUGCACCGGUACUGAGUAAGAAAGGUUACGAAAAUAAAAAGAAGAGAAUCAAAGUGUCAUCGCCUGGUGAUGGGGACUUGAAUCGAAAUUCGGUUUCUCAGUUGAAUUCAGUUGACCAUGGUUAUGGUCGCGCAACAAAAGUGAAAAAGGAAGUACCGGAGAAGGAAAAUUUGGUUUCAGUCGCUGGAGCUGUUGUUGGCUUUUCCGUCAUAAUGAUUGUACUUUUUGUUGCCUUUUUUGUAUUUGCAUGGCCAGUUCGAAAGUAUUAUACACAUCUAUCUAAGCGCACCAAGAAUAACGACCAUUAUGUGGGAGGUGGACCUCACAAUGAAGAUGGACUGAUAAGUAUCAGAGUUGACAGAGGACAUCCGUUCAACCCUCCAGCUCAGCGGAUACCAAACCCUCCACCACCACCACCUCAAUAUUAUCAAGUACCAGGCGGAAUGGCUCAUAGAGAGAGCAUCUACAACCAAAUCGUAUGGAGGACAUGGGCGGACGUUGCCGCUGAUGACAGAAAGAGAGAUCCAAGAAGUGCAGAGAGGAGAAAGAUUAUCAAGAGAGAGACUUCUGAAAGAAGAGAUUCCCUCGCGAACAGCAUAAAAAUUGCCAAAUUGAUUAUUGAUGGCCAUUCAAAGAACAAAAAGAACGAGAAGAAGGCUUCUCAGAAGCGACGUAUUGUUAAAUACUGCACUUCUGGAGGCGACAACAGACGAAGAAUGUCUCUUGCAGAGGAGCUUGAAACCGCUCGUUCCAUAAUUUCACCAAAUGCAACUCAGCGUGAGAGCUUGGAACGAUCAAUGAAAAAGAGUCGCUUGAUUAAGAAUCAGCUGGCUGGAAAAAGAAGGCUAUCAUUCUCAGAUGAAAUCGGUGUUGGCAAGAAGGUGAUUGUGGACAGUGGGAGGAGGUAUGAAGUACCACCAAUCAUUGUCCAGGAGAUGCUUGGCGCCCAAGUGCCUCUCAGUUCCAGACGAAAGAGUUAUAGCUACUCUGAUAUUCUUGAAGACCUGUUGAAGACAAAUGGAGGGCAGUCGGAAAUGUCAAGUGUCAAAGGUGGUCAUAGUAAAGAGAUGGAUGAGCUGGCCAGUAGUGGCAUAGCUGCACUCACUUUGGACAAUGAAGACUCAAAAGACUUGGAUCAUACAUCUACGAGAUGCGGGACCAAGUAAACUUCAAACCAUUUUGUAUAAUAAGUGUCUGCGUACUUUAUGGAGAUGUCAUCUCUGUCUUUGAAAAAUACUUUUGGAAAAUUUUCAACAUUACAUUAAAAUAAGUCUUGCUUUCUAUUUCUCUGCUUCUUUCAGAAAAGGAAAACUUUGUUUUUCUUGUCAUGUGCUAUGAGAAGAUGUUAAAAAGAAGUUCUUCUUUAUGUCCACACUACUGAACAUUUUCGGUUAAAAUUCAGUAAAAUUGAAUUCUGGUAAUUGAGAGACUUUCUUUCUGUUUAUUUACAGUAUUCUUUCAGUGUAAUUCAUUGAAAUAGUACUCAUUUCAAAAAGUUUCCUCAACUCUGGAAAUUUAAAUAACAUUUUAAAAUGUCAGUCAUGUUAAUACAUCCUUCUUUCCUUCUGUAAGAUUGCAAUCAUUGUUUUUAUUAAAGGCAGAGAUAAAACC